AUGCCUCCAAAGUCGAAGCGAAGAUCAACAUCUAAAAGGAAGAAUACGCCCAAAGCACUGGCCGAUGAAGAUGCAACAGAGGAAAUGGAAACACUAUCGGAUCAUGAAGAAAAUACAUUGAAAAAGGUUGAACAAAUCAACGAUGGUGAUAUUAAUGGCGAUGAUGAUACAAAUAACAACAAUGAAGAAAAAGAUGAUACAAGUACAUCAACGCCAAAACGAGCACGAAGGAAACCAAUUUCCAAGACAAUAUUUGAUCCUUCUGAUAUCAACGGUAGUAGCAGCAAUCAUCGCUCACAAGCAGAAAGCACUUCCGUUAACGAUUGGGACGACGAUACCGAAUUGACCACCGAACCUUCAUCCGACAAGAAGAGAAAAAGAAUUACAGAAGAAAAUGAUGACGACAAUGGUGAUGUCACGGAGCCCAUAGAUUGGACGAACAAAGAUGUUCUUGAAGAAUUGUCCAUUGGAGUGUUGCAAGAGGAAGUGAAGAGAAGAAGCAUGCCUAUCAAAGGCAAUAGAAAAGCUCUCAUCAACAAGAUACUCAAGUCAAACACAGAAUUUGAUCAAGACUCCGAGGAGGGACCUUCAGAAACGACGCCCAAGAGUGUGACAAAGAGUACGAAACUCGUUUCCCCAGAAAGCGUCUUUUCCAAAAGCUAUACACCUUCCAAAAAGUCACAAGGAAAGAGAGAAAAGCCAUUCGACCCUAGAGAUGCUGAGACAUGGACUUUGGCAGAGUUACGCGAGUAUUUACGAGCUAUAGGUAUUAAUGCAUAUGAUAAUAAGCAAAAAAUAAUGGAACGAUAUAUGCCAACAAUCAAAGCUAAUCUAAGAAGAAUUUAUGGAGACAGCAGUGGUGGGAGUAGCAAUGCUUCCAGUAGCACGGAUGUGGUCCUUCCGACACCUAAACCACCUGCGCAAGUUAAAAAAGGCGCCUCAAAGAAAAUAGCAGUAGAACAAAAAGAAACUCCAAAAAAACAAACCAAAACAGAAACACACAAAACUUCUACGAAGAAAGAUCAAAACAAGGAAUCUAGACAGGAUGGAAGAUUAAAUCAAUUUGCCACAGAAAAACAAUUGCCAACCACUGUCGAGGUUACAUCUACCUCUCUUCCAAAACCUACAUUUGAGAUAGUUGACGUGGCGAUUGGACCUACCAUCACAAGAUCAAUGCCGUUUUUCACAGAUCCAUCCAUCCAUAAAUCAUUUGAACUGAGUUAUAGACGAAAGAUUUUAGUGAAGAAAGUUGACCAACACCAGAUUACUCCAUAUUUUUCACAACUUACAUCUAGUUACUCAUUUAUUUCCAACAGACAUACUAAGAACACAUUACCUGAAGCACGUGAGAUUCCUGAUUCUGAUUACACAAUCAAAGAUCUUAUACUUGCUCGAAUAGUUAAGGAUGAAAUGGAAAAGAGUUCCAUUGAUGAUUUAUCACUUGUAAAAUGCAUUCAAGCGUGCUCAGAGAAAGAAGAUUUUGAUGAAAACAAAAAUAUUUCUACACUUUGUGGCCUUCACAACUGUACAGAACUAGAGACUAUUAUCAUCCAAGGCACUCAAGUUUCUUCCAUUUUUCCAUUAUCAAAAUUAGAAAAACUCAAGCAGGUUUUUUUGGCUAGAAAUAGGAUUGCCAGCUUGGAACACCUUCCUCCGUUUGCAGAAACUGUUAAUUUAUCUUUCAAUGUCAUACGAUCCCUAAGAUUUCCUUCUUCUCUUUGUGACACUCUAGUAUAUCUAAAUUUAAGUUAUAAUCACAUAUUUGACGCCGAUAAUGUAACAAUAGCCUCCAUUUGUAGCAUGCACGCCUUAAAAGAAUUAGAUUUAUCAGGAAACUGCCUUACAGAUGCAACCAUAGCUCCCUUAGCAAAAGCUAAAUUCAAAACGACUUUACAAUCCUUGCGCUUGAACAACAAUUACAUCACAAAUCUCUCAUUCCUUACAAAAUACUAUCAUGUAUCUGAACUUUCAUGCAGCUCCAAUUUUAUCCUUGAUCUCACUCCUCUUGUGCAUUUACGAUCCAUUUCAGAAAUUUUUCUGGAUGAUAACCCUCCUCUCUUGCUCUCCUUACAUGUUCAUUGUAGAACUGUUGAUUGGAAUAGUGUUAAACUUUCAGAUACACAACUUGUGGAAUAUCAAGCUAAAGGAGAGACCAAUUUACAAUUGAUAUACAUGCUUUUGAGAGAGUCUGUCAGAGUUGUAGUAUAG